CGUGAGGAAAGUGCGACCCGAGAAAUUCGAACGCCGCAGGAUUUCCUGCACAGUGGCGCUGUGCCCCUUUAAGGAAAGGGGAUCUUGAAUUAGUUUAUUGUACUGUACAAAUGGGUCCGUAAUCUCGAGAUUUCAGUUCAUUGUAACUCAGACCUCAGGAGGAAGAGCACCAGUCCGCAUAGUGAUUGGAUGCAAUAACGAAUCUGUUGCCUAUGGACCGUAGGUAUUUCUAUUCGUAGCAUUUUAUUUGUUUAGUAGUUAUUUUAUUUGAAAUAAUUUAAAAAGACAUGGCUUCCGACGAGCUGACAACGAAGCUGAGUCGGCGUCUUCAGAUCGGUGAAGGGGGUGGAGAAGAGCCGGUGAUCGUGAACAAGACGCGCGAAAACGGAGCCGAGAAGCCGGCCACGGCGAGCGCCGACACGGAGCUGGGCGCUAAGCUGCUGCGCCGCGGGGAAAUGAAUGAAGGGGAGCAUCAUCCGCGUACCAUGAAGGUCUUCAACCCCUACACUGAGUUUAAGGAAUUCUCCAGGAAGCAAAUCAAAGACAUGGAAAGGAUGUUCAAGCAGUACGACGCUGGCAAAGACAGCUUCAUCGACUUGAUGGAGCUGAAGCUGAUGAUGGAGAAGCUGGGGGCUCCACAGACACACCUUGGCCUGAAGAACAUGAUUAAGGAGGUGGAUGAGGACUUUGACGGGAAGCUGAGCUUCAGAGAGUUCCUGCUGAUCUUCCGCAAGGCAGCCGCCGGCGAGUUGGAGGAGGACAGCGGGCUUCAUGCUCUGGCACGGCUGUCGGAGAUCGACGUGUCCACAGAGGGAGUCAAGGGAGCCAAGACCUUCUUCGAGGCCAAGGUCCAGGCCAUGAACGAGUCGAGUCGCUUUGAGGCCGAGAUCCGGCAGGAGCAGGAGGAGAAGAAGAGGCAGGCGGAGGAGAAGCGGCAGAGGCAAGCCGCCUUCAAGGAGCUGCAGUCUGCCUUCGAGUGACGCUGCCGCGGCCCACAUCCCCGUCCGCCAGUCUGUUCCCACCUCUGUCUGUGUCCCUACACCUACGUCCCAUUUAAUCACAUAGAGAUUAUAUGUAUGCAAGAUAAACGACAACCUCCAGGAGCUAAGAGAGCAGCGGAGACGCGACGGACCCGACUCUGGAGGAGCAGCCAGGAAAGCUUAGGGGAAACAUUGCUGGUUUAAGGACUACCAGAGUCAAACGGGAACAUAAAGACCUUCAUUUGCUGCAUUACACGGAUGCACUGCAGUAGUAUGACUCGUAAGAGGAUUGCUGUCGCUCUAGUUAUUUGUAAUUUAAUAUUCAUUAUUUUUUGGAAUUAUAUCAAGGAAAUUGAUGUCUUAAAAAGCAGAUUUCAUUUCAUUUUUAACAUUGACAGAUAUAGUCAUACUUAAAUGGGAGGCAGGGUGGCUCAGCGGGCAGUACUGCUGGUUUGCACACCCCCAGGGAUGCGGUUUCAGAUCCUGCCCCCCUCAACGUGUGGAGUUUGCAUGUUCUUACCGUGUUGUGCAGGUCUCCCUCUGCCAUGCUAAGACAUGCGGCUAAGCUAAUUGGCCACUCUAAAUUACCCAUUGUAUGUGUCCUACGAUAGACUGGGAUCCCACCCAGAGAGUGACCCAGUCGUGUGCGCUGUGUUGGCUGGGCUCGGCUCCCUGACCAGGUUAAGUCCUUAGAAGAUGGAUGGAAUUGCAGCUGUGGUUUUCAGUCCCAGGUCUGACGGCACACUUUGUAUGCCGUUCUUCACUGGGUUUAUUAUUAAGUAUGCGUACUAUCUGUUAACUGAGUGAAUCACAUUGUGAAACCCAUUCGGUGUCAGGGGUUACUGCGUACAUUAAGUCACAUGGUUGAUAAAUACCUGCAGUGGUGGUAAAGAUCAAAAGACCACAGAUGCUGUUAUGAGGAGAGAUAUUUCAGGAAAUGAAACAUAGUGUCACUGAUAAAUUAGAAAUAAUAAAUAUCUUGAAUUUAUUGCCGAACAGAAAUGCUGCAGUAGACAAAUACAGGAUGGUUUACUGUGAUGUGUGUGAUGUGAUUCACUCAGUUAACAUCCCUGACGAGGAGAAGUGAAACUCAAAUGUCCCAGUGCUGAAAAACUCUGAACUAGUCCAUCCCUGAAAUCAUUAUAUUACCAUUAAGAAGAACCACCAUUGUAAUAUACUGCUAAAAUAUCACAAUAGCUAGAACUCUGUCAGCAUUUCGAUAUAAAUGGAGAUAUUUGAUAUAUUUCAGUAAGGACUGCAACAGCAAAGCACAAGAAGUGAUAAAAGUCACAACAUGAAACUCAUUUGAGUCAAAAGGUAUUUUGUUUUUAAAAUGUUAGAUGAUUAUAAAACACGCUUAAGUUUGCUUUAGGUUAUGUUUCAAAGAGCGUGUCUCCUGUCCAUUUAAUGUGUAUAAUUUUAAAAGUAUGCACUCGUCUCUGUAGGUGAUAUCGUUUCCUGCGUAUAUUUUAAGGGGUCAGUGCUUUCCUCAAUAGCAAACAUCAUUUCAGCUACAUUAACUUGUGUGUCACUCAGUAAUCAUCGCUGGCAAAAAAAAUUUAACACCCAGUGUUCAAGAAGUUGAAAUAUUUUUUGAGUGCCGUAACCCUCCCCAGGGCACGCUGCCUGGAAAACAGGCCCAUGCAUUUUUAAAUGUGCGUUGGAGUUGCCUUUGCAUGCUUGGUCGGUGGGCAUGUUCUGUGGUAUCCGCACUGUAUUGGUUUUGCAUUGUCACUGUGAAGUUCCGACAAUCCCAGUUGUGACAGCGACCUGGCCGGUGUCCUUACCUCCGCAGUUAUGUCCCCACCUUGCCAUCAGCCCAAACUGCCUUAACAGUGCGAGUUCACCUGCAAUCAUAAUUACUCUUAUGUGUCUGGCAACAUCUGACUACUAAGGGUCAAAAAAGCUUUAGAAAACCUUUAGUUUUAGAAGCACUUAUGUAAUCGUGUCAUAAAUAUAGUAUUUUCGUGUUUUGCGUUGAAUGUGUAACUGAAACUUAUUGGCUGUGUAAAUGCUUAGAAAGCAUUCAUUUCCCAGUUGUUUUAUUGAUGCAGUGCAACCUGGAGUCAUUAUUUAAAGCAGGGUGGGGGGUCUUUUUUCCAUGGAAGGUUGAAGGUUCUAGGGUUGCCAGUUUGAUAAAGACGUAGUCCGAAUCUUAAUAAUAGCUUCAGUAAAGCAAUCAAGAGCAGCGGUAGAACAGAAAUAAACCUCAUUGUCAUUGUGUGCGUAAUGAACACAACCCUGCACUUGUGGAUGAAACAGAUUUCCUCACUGCUUGCUUAAAAUGUAUUAGUAACCCUAACAGGUAAAAAAAAAAUCCAUCACUGAUCUACCAAACCGGGCGGCAGCCAAACAUUCACCAGCUAGGGGCUUCCAGCAUGAACUUUCACAGCAGUUGUAAUAUACUUCUACAGAUAAAUCUGAAUGCCACUUGACAGCAGCAUAAUGAUAUCGUAAACUCAUAUAACCCAAAGUAGUUAAGAUGAAGACGGUUCCUGAGCCACGUGAAUAGUGACUCGUGUUGGGUCCGGGAAGAAUGUCGAAGGUGCUCUAAUCUCAGUGCUUCCUCUGCUCUGCUUUUGUGUUCAUUUAUGCAUUUUAUACGCUCAGCCUACCGGCAUCUCGGCUUGUGUGACGUUUGAAGGUAACCCAUGUGACGUUUGAAGCUUAUAAACCGGGAAACCGUCAGUUUGCGCAGUCAUCGGGUGAACCGCCCUCUAGUUGCCACGGGAGGAACUGCUGAACAUAGGAGGAUCGGCUGGCGUUUUUCUGGUUUCCAGUUUCCCUCAGUCACAUAAUUUGGUAUUUUAUAUCCUUAAAUAUCACUGUCCGUGGGUUCUCGGAUGUUCGGUCAAACUGACUCAACUUGAAAGAUUAUAUUACGUGGGUGUUUUUUCUGGAUUUUGUCUUAUCGGUGGAUAUUUUAAAAGGAUAUCGUUAUAUACGAUGCGGCAGAAUAAACCGAUUCACGUUACUCUAGGCUUUUUUUGAACAGCAGCACAGACAACGGGGGAGUUUUUAGUUUUUAAAGAAUAAGCAUUUAAACAGCCACAAUGUCAUUAAGUUAAUGCCUCCUAAGUAUCGCAUUGUGCUUAUAUGUGUUUGUUGUUUAAACUGAAAAAAGUUACACCAGGGCACAGUACUAUCGGUGUGAAACUUUAAGAAAUUAUUUUUCCAUGAGAAUAAAUAGACAGAUGCUUUUAGUUUUGUAUAGUGACUUUUUCUUUGUGAGGGUUAGACAUUAAUUAACUCUCUUAAAGAGGUUAUUCACCAGGUUGUCUUGCUUCCUGCAAAUGACAGCCGGCAGUGUAGUAAUCAUGAUGUAGUAGCCGUAUUACCGUAUAGCAGUGUUGGUGUCACACUAGCUUGUGGGCAGUAGCUGCAUGUUAGAUCUUGUUGUACUGCUCACAUUAUGUCAGUACCCUGGUAAUCCCUAGAAGCACGCAAUUCAAUUCCAGCAAGGGUCAUAUCUGUGAAAUUUUGGAUUGCAGAGUGUAGAAACCCAAGCUGGCUAAGAACAAUUACUCAAUGCAUAUUUUUCGGAAGGGAAUGUGUUGUAUCCAAUGUUCUGUAAUAUGUGGCUGUUUUUCCUUUUUGCAUAUACAGCUGCGAGAUAAAUGAAAACAGAUAUAGGACUCAAGCUAAACACUCCUCAGCAUCCUAAAGGGGAGGUGUCUUUUUGUGUUGUAUACUGCUGUAUUUGAAACUGUUAACGUACUCAUAAUUUCCUGCGAGCUUGUGCCAAAAAAGGAAGGUUAUUAUAUAUAUUUUUAAGUCCGAAGUCCUUGAACCUUGAAGUCAAGCGUAACUUAAGCGUAAGCUCUCAGAUAAAUAACCGCAGGUUUUCCCGAAGGAAAAUUAAUGCACCUCCGUUAAUCUGGGAGAAUAUAAACGUGCAACGCCCGAAGCUGCUUUUAAAGCUGUUCUGCUCUGUUCUGAACCAUGUCUGUCGGGAGACUUGAGCCCAUUGGCACUAGGCGGUCAUUGUGUUUCCCUGCAUGUCCAGUGUCCACUUAACCAUCGUCACUGUACCCCAUACCUCUCGUAUUGUUUCAUGUUGCUCGGCCGCCUUGUGUUAGAUAUCAAAAAUUACCUGUCGAGUUUUAAGGUUGCAUAAACUUCUCAGGAAAACAGCAUUUGCUCCUGAUUUUACAAAGGAUUUCGACUGUCACACUCCUUUAAAUAAGAAAAUAUUAUGAAGAAACAUUCUGAUAAAUGUAAUAAUCGAUAGUUCGCAUAUUAAUCGAUUCCAAUAGAGAUCAAGCAACCCCCUUUUUCGGUGAGACGGCACUCGGCGAUGAGACUUGCAUGGAGCGCCAAUUCUUGCAUGGGGAGCUGUAGUUCUGCGUAUGUCGUGCCAUAAUGUUUUUUCGAGGCUGACUGUAACUAUAUGUCUUGACUGAUGCCUUAUCGGAAUCGAGUAAUAUGUUCUGCCGACGUAACACUCAACUUCCAAAAACACUGAAUGCAAAUGAAUCUUCUUUGAUAAUUUCCUGGAUUAAACACACGGUCAAAGCUUUCAGUUCUGUGUCGUAUAGUCUCCAUUUUACAUUGAUCGUCUCUUAGUAGGCUUGUAAUAUUAAACGAGUGGCUAACACAUUUAUUUUUGAUUUUCUUACAAAAUGUAUAAUUAUCAUUGUAACAAUAAAUAAAAUAAUAAUUGUC